AUGGAGCAGCAAGAAAAUCACCUGGACAGAGAAAGAUUCUGCUGUUGGAUCUGUGUUGAUCUACUGAAGGAUCCGGUGACUACUGGCUGUGGACACAGCUACUGUAAGAGCUGUAUUAACACCCACUGGGACAAAGAGGAGGAGAGAGGAAGCUACAGCUGUCCUCAGUGUAGACAGACCUUCACACCGAGGCCUGUCCUGGAGACAAGCACCAUGUUAGCUGAUUCACUGGAGGAGCUGAAGAAGACUGGACUCCAAGCUGCUCCUGCUGAUCACUGCUAUGCUGGACCUGAAGAUGUGGCCUGUGAUUUCUGCACUGGGAGAAAACUGAAAGCUCUCAAGUCCUGUUUGAAUUGUUUUGCCUCUUAUUGUGAGAAACACCUCCAGUCUCAUCUUCAGUCAGCUGCAUUAAAGAAGCACAAGCUGGUGGAGCCCUCGGAGAAGCUCCAGGAGAACAUCUGCUCUCAUCAUGACGAGGUGAUGAAGAUGUUCUGCCGCACUGAUCAGCAGUGUAUCUGUUAUCUCUGCUCUGUGGAGGAACAUAAAGACCACGACACAGUGUCAGCUGCAGCAGAAAGGACUGAGAGGCAGAGAGAGCUCGGGCUGAGGAGACAAACAAUCCAGCAGAGAGUCCAGGACAGAGAGAAAGAUGUGAAGCUGCUUCAACAGGAGGUGGAGGCCGUCAAUGGCUCUGCUGAUAAAGCAGUGGAGGACAGUGAGGAGAUCUUCACUGAGAUGAUCCGUCUGCUGGAGGAAAGAAGCUCUGAUGUGGAGCAGCAGAUCAGAUCCCAGCAGGAAACUGAAGUGAGUCGAGUCAGAGAGCUUCAGGAGAGACUGGAGCAGGAGAUCACUGAGCUGAAGAGGAAAGACCAUGAACUGAAGCAGCUCUCAGACACAGAGGAUCACAACCAGCUUCUACACAACUACCCCUCACUGUCACCACUCAGUGAAUCUACACACUCAUCCAGCAUCAGGUUCCGUCCUCUGAGGAACUUUGAGGACGUGACAGCAGCUGUGUCACAGGUCAGAGGUCGACUAGAGGACAUUCUGAGUGAGACAGAGACAGAGAUUUUACAGAUUGUGUCUCAAGUGGAUGUUUUACUGCGACAGACCAGAGCUGACUUCUUAAGAUAUUCACAGGAAAUCACACUGGAUCCAAACACAGCACACAAAGAGCUGUUAUUAUCUGAGGGAAACAGAAAAGUAACAUGGAUGAGAGUAGAAAGACAGUCUUAUUCUGAUAACCCAGACAGAUUCACUUAUUGGCAUCAGGUCCUGAGUAGAGAGAGUCUGACUGGACGUUGUUACUGGGAGGUCGAGAUGGAGGAGUGUCUGGAGGGAGUUACUGUAGGAGUCGCAUACAAGACAAUGCACAGAAAAGGACGCUCAAGUGAAUUUGGAAGAAGUGAUAAAUCUUGGGCAGUACAUUGUGGUAAUAACAGAUAUAUCUUUGAAUAUAACAGAAUCAGAACUCGAGUGUCAGGUCCUGUGUCCCCCAGUAUAGGAGUGUACCUGGAUCACAGUGCAGGUGUUCUGUCCUUCUACAGAGUCUCUGACACCAUGACUCUCCUCCACAGAUACCAGACCACAUUCACUCAGCCUCUCUAUGCUGGAGUUUGUGCUCAUCUUGGAGCCACAGCUGAGUUCUGUAAACUCAAAUAG